AUGUUCAUAUUGGAACUUAAAAGAAAGAAUCUUGAUAUGUGUAUUGUUCAUAUUGGUUCUAAAUUAUUUCUACCUUCCAGUGUGACUAUCAUUGUGGCAUAUCUGAUGAAAUCUCGUGGAAUGAAAUUAUCUGAAGCUCCGCAACAUGUUAAGAACAAAAGACCAAAAACAGCUCCUAAUCGUGGUUUCAUUCGUCAAUUGGAAGACUUUGAGAAAUCUCUUCAAGAAAAACCUGCCCCGAAGAAACAGAAGGUAGAAGUGGAGCUGGGAACAAGAAGUGUUGAACCUGCUCCUUCGUACAUAAAAAUCAAUCAUCUAAAGGAUCCUGUGAAUCCUUUGGCAAUAAUGUGUGAUGCAAAGCUUAAGGAGAUCUUUGGCUGUGAAAGCAUUUCAGCAUUGGAGAUACCUGAAGUUUUGGGCCGCCAUCAUAUUUUUAGGAGAUCAUGA